AUGAUAUCUCUGUUCUUACCAAAGUCAAAAAAUUUAUCGGUUGGAAAUGUUCCAAUUCCUGGGCAUGACAUAAAACUGCCUUGCUUGCUUUUGAGGAAAAGCCUAGGCCCACCGCUUAUAACUGGUGGUUGUCCGGAUGUAAAAACACCAAAUUAUUCUAUGCCAUCAAAAACAAAAACAACGGUCCCUAGUCCCCAGCAGGCCUUAAGUGGUCAAGGGGUGCUAAGAAUCCCUGGGAAGUAUGCAAUAGCGGAGGGAUGUUGCAGAAAAAUUCAGAAUGGUCCCUCUAUGGUACUUAGAUUUGGAACGCUCAAUGUUGGAUCACUGACUGGCCGCAGCAUGAAAAUUGCAGAAAUGCUUGAGCGUAGAAGGAUUGCCUUCAGGAGACCCGAUGGAAAUCGAAUGGUGUCUGUCAUAUAA